GUACGUCCACGCCCUGUAUUUGGGCGUGCAGAGCCGCUGGCACGGAGAUCCCGAGCGCCGUCACUACUACUGGCGCAUGAUGUUUGAGAGUGCGGAUAUCAGCAUGCUGCGUCUGCUGGAGUCCUUCUUGAAGAGUGCCCCCCAGCUGGUGCUGCAGCUCAGCAUCAUGAUCCAGGCCAGUCAGGUGUUGCCCCUUCAGGGGCUUUCAGCUUCUGCCUCGCUGAUAUCCCUCGCCUGGAUGAUCGCCUCCUAUCAGAAGGUCCUGAGGGACUCCCGAGACGAUAAGCUACCCAUGACCUACAAGGCCGUCAUAGUUCAGAUCCUGUGGCACCUGUUCACCAUCGGGGCUCGCACUCUGGCCUUCGCCCUCUUCGCCUCCGUGUUCCAGCUCUACUUUGGCAUCUUCAUCAUGGCCCACUGGUGCAUCAUGACGUUUUGGAUAAUUCAAGGCGAAACGGACUUCUGCAUGUCCAAAUGGGAGGAGAUCAUCUACAACAUGAUGGUGGGUAUUGUGUAUGUUUUCUGCUGGUUCAGCGUGAGAGAGGGGCGCACUCGCUGCAGGAUGCUCAUCUACAGCCUGACUGUGUUCGUCGAGAAUGUGGCGCUCACCACUGCCUGGUACCUGUACCGCGGCCCUCGUACCUCAGACUUCUACGCUGUCAUCAUGGUGUGCGUGGUGGCCAGCAGCUACGCUCUGGGCACCUUCUUCAUGUUUGUGUAUUACUGUCUGCUGCACCCCGACGGCCCAGUCUCUGGGUGGGGUUAUAUUGUGGAGAAGGAGGUGCCCGUGGAGUCGCUGGUCUCCCCAGCUUCCAGCCUCCCCCCUGACCUGGUGAGCAGCCCCCCCAGGACCCUCCAGAGAACUAAAGGCUCCGACAGAGAGCAGGGGCCUGGGGUAGACGGAGACGUGUUUCAGGUACGACCACCUCGGGGAGCUCAGGCCCCGCUGACCCACCUCACACCCAGGACAGAGGGGCCUGUCAUCCGCAUAGACCUGCCCAGGAAGAAGUACCCCGCCUGGGAUGCUCACUUCAUCGACCGCCGGCUGCGUAAAACCAUCCUGGUGCUCGAAAGCGCUGCCCCGGUCACACCAAGGAUUCAGUACCGCUGUCUGGGCACACCCAAAGAAGUGAUGGAGUACGAGACCACUGUGUGAUGUGCUGAAGGUGCUGUGACUCAGCUCACCACCGUGUGGACAUCCGGCCUUAAAUAAAAUGGCAGGUGGAUGACUCUCACAGAGCAGUCUGUUUCCACUCCACGCCUACUUGAUUGCUCUCAGUACUGUCGGGCAGCGGAGACAAACAGGAGAAGAAAAGGGGGCCACAAAGGAAGUGUGGUAUUUUUUUACUAAAGGCAAAGUGCUGUGAUGUUGUCUAAUGAUGGUGCAUAUAUUCGGUUUCUGUAUCAUUUCUCAGGUCAGGAUGUGGUACAGGAAGGAAGUUGACAUUAGCAGCAACGCUCGCUGUCCAGUGAGCUUAGAGAGAAGCACAGGUAGGCAGAGAAGUGGAGCUGUACGAUUAUCAAUCAGAGGCAGGAAGUCCUCCUCAGCGAAGGUGCUUCAGCACAUCCUCUCAAGGCGGUCGACAACAGAGACGAGCCUUCAACAUGCAUGAUUAUUUAUGGCAGCUAGAACUCAGAGAAAGAGAUGGUUAACUCUCACCCGUAAUUUAAAACACAAUCUACAAUAAAUACAAGACAGGCACUGAUAAUCAUGGUCAUGAUUUUCCCAUAGCUUUUCACUCAUGUUGAAGGAGUCUCUGAGAAUGCUGCUGCAAAUCUGAAGGGCGGUUCAAAAGCAACAUUUGAGUUGAAUGUAAAAAACAGUUUGAAAAUGUGAUUAUUUGUGACGAGGCUUUGAGCAUUUUCAUGCUGUUAGUGGGAUUUACAACAUUCCUGUGGUACUAUAUUUCAUUUUUUUUAAGGUAAGCUAGAACAAAAAAAGAGAUUUGUGUGUGUUUACAAGCAAUCCGUUGUUUUUGGGAACACGCCAUCAUUAUUAUAACGGGAUGCACCUUCAUUCAGAAUGUGUACGUACCAAACAAAUAGCUACGUUAUAAUUUACAUUUACAGGAGGAAUUCUACUGGUAGGACAGUUGUAUUUUCAUACUGCAUCCAUCUUACACAGCGAAGGAAACAGUGCAGAAAUUCAUUUCCAUGUAAAUUAAACUGUAGUAUGAAGGGGAAGUUACAGAGGGACAGCACUGUCUGUAAUUGUACUGUAUCCAUAUUUUAUUGUCUCAAAAUGUAAAAAGGAAAAAAAAAUAAUAGCUCCAGACUCCUAAGAGAAAAGCUUUGAUAUUCUUGAUGGUACAGGCAUGUGGUACUUUUGCUAACACUUUAUUUUACAGAUCUAUUAUUUCUUUAUAAUUUACUCAAAACUUUACUAAAAAUGAAAAAUUAAUUUAAUACAAAUCUUAGGGAAAAUAGAGAAAAUGUCAUGUAUUUCCUUGACAGUAUUUAAACACACUAUUUUAUUCUUCUUAUAUGUUGAAUUUCAAACUCGCCUCUUUGCAUACACACUGACUAAAGGAGGUUACACUAGCUUAGCUUUUAAUUGGAACUGAUUAUUUGGUAGCUUGCCAAUUAAACAGUCUGUUUUCUAAUUAUAAUUAAUGCUAAAUUAUAUAGGUUAUCUCCAGGUACCUUCCUUUGAAUAAUAUUAAGAAUUAUCGGACUUGUAAAUUAAAGCGUUACUGUACUUUCUUUUAUCAGGGUUGUUUUUCUAUAGAAUAGUCACAAGAGGGACAUUUCUGAACCGUGUGUGUGUGUGUGUAUGUGUGAGUGUGUGUGUGUGUGUGUGUUUGUGCGUGUGUGAGCUCACAUACCAGCAUGUGUAUGGGUGUGUGUGUAUAUGGGGGAAAGGGGAGGGGGAAGGAGUCUUGCCAUGUGCAUUUAAGUUAAUUUGAAAUUGUGUCACUGAGAUAUGACAGUUUUGUUGUAAACACUGUCCAGUCAGCUCAUUUUUCCCAGAUGACACUGAAAUGAACAAAUGGCCCACAGAGCACCUUUACCACCCCCACCCCUCGUUACAGUAACAAAGCCAGAGGGGGCUUCUACUAUGGUGCUAAAUCCAUCACGUAACAACCACAUGGUGCACCAUAAAAUGGGCGUGUUGUGGUAGGAGUUGGGCGAGGCUGUACCUCAAACACAAAGCUAGAAUCAAAAAGCCUUAAACUGGUCAUGCCAGACUGUUGCUGUUCAGAGCAAGAAAAAAAAAAGAUGAACAAGAAGGUGAAGACAAUUUCAUUUUGUUGUUGUUGCUAAAAUAAAGAGCAAUGUGUUUACCUGA